GAGCUAGGGAGCGAAAGAGCGAGAGAGAGAGAAGGCUAGGGAGCGAAAGAGCGAGAGAGAGCCGCACACAGUACACACUGAUAGAAACAGAGAGAAAGAGGUUGAAAGUGAGACAUUGAGACAGUGUAGUGUUACUGAUUGGAAGAAAAGAAGAAGAACGGAGAAACAGACUGACACAAAGUUAGACCAGGAGGGCAGAGAGAGACAGAGAGAGAGACAGAUAGAGAGGCAACAUGUGUCUGGUGUGAUAAGUUCUACUCUUUCCCUCUAAAUAGACUGAGAGACGAACCUUGAGGACAGGCUGAGGGGCCCUAAUACUGAGACUUGGACUGAAAGAAGAGGACAGUCACACACGGACUGACCCUGCUUUUGGUCUGUUAGUGCUGCUCAGGGUGAUCUGAGAUGGUCAGACUAUAUACCUUCAGCUAUGAAGAACAGUGUGGACACACCUGGGCAGACUUGAAUGGACGCACAGACCUGAAUACUCCUGGACAUAUAAAUAGACCUGCACUCAGAAGCCUGACCACACUGAGACCUCCACUGCUCUGAACAAGCCUCACCAUUGGCCAGCCACAUCCUGACCAGUGGCUGUUCCCGGUGGGCAGGGUUAAGAUGAGCCUGUCCAAUCAAAGCUGUGGUAGUAGCAUUGACGACCUGCGGCGCUACCAACAUCAUGUUUACGCAGUUGUCUACAGCGUCAUCUUGGCCCCGGGCCUUCUGGGUAAUGUCCUGGCUCUUUGGGUGUUCCAGGCAUACGUCAGGGAGACCAAGAGAGGAGUGGUGUUCAUGAUGAACCUGGCUGUAGCUGAUCUCAUGCAGGUCCUCUCCCUACCUCUCCGUAUCUACUACUACCUGAACCAUACCUGGCCAUUCGGCCAGCCUCUCUGCAUGUUGUGUUUCUACCUGAAAUACGUCAACAUGUACGCCUCUAUAUUCUUCCUGGUGUGUGUGAGUGUGCGGCGCUGUGAGCUCAUCAUGCACCCGCUGAGGUACCGUUCCAACAGACGACGAGGGGACAUGUGUGUAUGUGCCGCUGGCUGGUUGCUGGUCUGUCUCGGCUGUCUGCCUUUCCCUCUGCUCCGAAACACCAGCCUGACCCCUGACCUCUACACUCACACUGCCCCCUAUGACCUUACCCCUAACCCCUAUGCCUCCAGUCCUAGAUCAUAUGCCCCAGCCCCCACCUCUUCCCCAACCCCUACACCUGGCCCUACCUCCCUGGUGGCGGUGUGUUUUGCGGAGCUCCCCAUGCGUGAAGUCAGCCCUGCGGCCGGCUGGGCUCUGAUGGUGGGGGCGGAGCUGGUUGGCUUCAUCCUCCCUCUGAUCCUAGUUCUGACCUGCGCCUGUCUGUCAGCCGGCAGCCUGCGAGUCCACAGGGGGGAGGGGGAGGGGGGAGGGGUGAAGGACCAUGGGGAGAAGAAGAGGGCGUUGAGGAUGGUGUUGAGCUGUGCCGGGGUGUUCCUGCUCUGCUUCUCCCCAUACCAUGUCACCAUGCCACUAGACUUUCUGGCAAAGGCCGAUGCCCUGGGGAGCUGUGAGGUCAGAGAGAUGGUGCUGCGAUGCCAUCCUGUCACCCUCUGUCUUGCCAGUCUCAACUCAGGACUGGACCCUCUCAUGUAUUACUUUACUACAGAUGAGUUUAGGAGAAGAUUCAGCAGACCAGAAAUACCUGAGAGCUUCAGUCUGGCUCCAAGACUAUCCUGUACUAGUGGUGGGGGGGAGAAGGACCUGCCUCUGACCCCUGAACCUGACCUAUAACCCCUCAGCAGGCCAGCGAUACCUGAGAGCUUCAGUCUGGCUCCAAUAAUCUCCUGUACUAGUGGUGGGGGGAGCAAGGACUUGCCUCUAACCCCUGACCUCUAACCCUGACCCUGGCCCCAAGACUGUCCUGUACUGGUGGAGUCUGUGAGACUGAACCCUGACCUCUAACCCCAAGACUGUCCUGUUCUGCCAUGGACAGCAAGGCAUGGGGGGAAAGAGAAACAAGGACAAAGACUGAACCCUGACCUCUAACCACAAAACUGUCCUGUUCUGCUAUGGACAGUAAGUCAUGGGUGAAGAGGGGAAACAAGGACAAAGGGAACAAGGAGAGCGUUUCAAAUGUGAACUAAAGACAGUUUAUUACUCCAAAUGUGGACAUCUGCUGGACUGCGUUAGGAACUGCCGGUCUUUGGUAAAAAAUGAGCGUUCAUCUCAGCCUAGGCUGCCCUUCAGUCCCUAGACUUGUUGGUCCUGGUGGAGAUAUGAAUCACCCCAGUGAACACUGCUACUCCAGUUGCCCUGUCUUUAUCUGACUACGUUUUCUCUCAUAGUCCAAGAGCAUCUGGUCAUCACCGUGGUGGCACAGGGCUACUCAUUUCUCAUAAUGGGAGAUUUUCUCCUUUCUCCCUCACCUGUCCAUCUCCUCAUUUGAAUUCCAUGCUGUCACUGUCACUUGUCAACUAAAGCUUAACAUUGUUUUAAUCUAUCGCCCAUCAGGUUCCCUUAGAGAGUUCCUCAUUGAGCUUGACACAUUGAUAACCUCAUUUCGUGACAAUGGCUCACCGCAAUCUCCUUUUCUUUCUCCCUUUCCUCCAACCAUAACCACUCAGCCCCUACCUAGAUGGUCAUGCACUGUCGCAAUCUUCUCUCUCUCUCUCCCACUACUCUCUCCUCUUCUAUCCUAUCUUCUCUCCCUUCUGCUAAAUCCUUCUCCCUCCUGUCUCCAUAUUCUGCCUCUUCGACCCGACUCUCCUCUUUUUCUGCAUCCUAUGACUCUCACGGUCUCCUUUCCACCGGCCGGCUCCCAACCGGCUCGGGCUUCCCUUCCUGCUCCGUGGCUGAGUGACUCAUUACGAGCUUACAGAACAGGGAUGCAGGCAGCUGAGUGACUCAUUACGAGCUUACGGAACAGGGCUGCAGGCAGCUGAGUGACUCAUUAGGAGCUUACAGAACAGGGCUGCAUGCAGCUGAAUGACUCAUUACGAGCUUACAGAACAGGGCUGCAUGCAGCUGAAUGACUCAUUCGGAGUUUACAGAACAGGGCUGCAGGCAGCUGAGUGAAAAUGGAGGAAAACUAAAUCAUUAUUUUACUCCCUCUUCUCUACCUUCUGUUCCUCUGUAUCUGCUGCUAAAGCCACUUUCUAUCACUCUAAAUUUAAGAUUCUGCCUCUUACCCAAGGAAACUAUUUUUCUCGCCUUAAUCCCCCUCCCUCCUUCCUCCUCCCUCUCUGCAGACGACAUUGUCAACCACUUUGAACAGAAGGUUGACGACAUCCACUCCUCAUUCACUAUUGAAUCCACUGGUCCCAGAACUACCCUACACCUGGACUUUUUUCUCGCCAGAUGAAAUACUGCGACUAGUGAUUUCCGUCCGCCCGACAAUCUGCCCGCUCAACCCCACACCCUCCUCCCUUCUCCAGACCGUCUCUGGAGACCUUCUCCCAUUCCUCACUUCCCUCAUCAACUCAUCCCUGACCACUGGCUGCAUCCCCUCUGACUUCAAAAUGGCAGAGUCGCUCCCCUCCUCAAGAAACCAACAAUUGACAUCAGAAACUAGAGAACGAUAUUCUAGAUCCUAACCAAGACGGGUCACUCAACCCAGACUGCUCUCCUCUGUGUCACGGAGGCUCUCCACACUUCCAAGCUGACUCUCUCUCGGUUCUCAUCCUCUUAGAUCUAUCCGCUGCCUUAUCGUGAACCAUCAGAUCCUCCUCUCCACCCUCUCAGGGCUGGGCGUCUCAGGCUCUGCCUCCUCUCCAUCCUCUCAGGGCUGGGCGUCUCAGGC